UCGCCGACUGCCUUAUUAUAAUAUUAUUAAUGCCGACGUUGUGCUCUCUCUUGCUUUGGCUGUUUGCGAGCGCGAGGCCGCGGCUCUCACAGCGCGCAACGACAACCUCGAAACCUAUCAAGCAACCUGCAGCUCAGAAGUUGGGACCACGGCCGAGAUUACAGCCACCUCGGAGGAGGAUUAGUAGCGGUAUGAAUGGCAUGUCAUACUUGCUUUUGUGACAUGCUCAUGUUCUUCGUCAUGCGACGACCUUUUCCUACUACGGUGCAGCAUCGACACACACGUCCUGUGACUAAGUGUAGGUAAGUCAACAAGUUUUGAAGAGGGCCCCUGGUACCUUCUCAUGCGGACAUCCGGAAGGAAUUAGAAGCUCGUGGAUGUUCUUCAAGAAGGAACUGGGAUGGGCUCAGCGAGUGAAGCUCUUAUGGCAGUUCUGUCAAGUGAUCAUGACUACUCGUCUGUGGCACCAGUUAUGACUCCUUCCAAUUCUUCAUGCACAGGAUCCAGCGACCUGUUUUCACCACCUCCAGUCUCAAGUUGGUUGCAAGGGAGCCUUCCUGGUUCUGAGCAGCGGCUAGGCUCAUCCCAGCGUUCGAAGUUCCGUGGGUCGCCUUUGGACACGCUACCUGCCCCAAUGCCAGAAUGGCCAUAUCCGAGAGACGAGAAGGUGCUUGUGAACGCAUUACAAGGGCCCUGUCGGGCCACGAAUUUCAGGUCCAACAUGACCGCUCCUCACGACCUGAACCGCCCUCGACAUGGGGGUCUGCAACGGUAUCAUUCUGCCCCCAGCAGUUUCUUGCAAUGCUUGGACGAUCUCAUGAACGAGCCCGAUGUCUUUCCUCAAGCCUCGAGUUCACUGGUCGACAGUGAUGUUCUUCUCGAUUGGGCAGACGACCUAACGCCCAUCACAGAGCGUGGCUCUCAGCAGAUGGACACGGAGAAAUCCUACCCGAGGUCUGGCUUUAAUGAUUGUGAGCAGUUUCUUUCCAGUCUCACCAAUUUCUCCUCCAUCACCCCAUCACCUCAGUCUCAAAAUGUGGAGCCAACAGGGUCUCUGGCACGCCAAGAUGGCCUUGGAGGAUUUGACUUACCAGCCAUUCAGGAUAGCAUCGAAGAGAAUAGUGUUGCAAUCUAUCAGAUGCCAGGCUUUCUGUUCGCAGAUGGGAGUAUGUCAUGCACAAGUUCUGAGAAGAUUGGUGCUGCUAACAGCACUAUAUCUUCCGCGUACAUACCAGAGGAUUCUACUCAUCUGGUCAAAGAACCUGCGGUUUGCGGAGGCCUCUGGAAUUGCACCACUAGUUCAGGGAGUGUCGGUAGUAGCAGCCUUCGUGGUGUGGAAGUGACAAUGGAACCACCGCUGGGUUGGCAUGGAGUCAGCUCCCUCGGUGGUGCAGUCACAGUUGGAGAGCCGGCGCCAAGGUUGGAGGGCUUGAUUCGACACUCGAGUCUGCCUGCGACAAGCCGCCCAUUUAGCAGCACCUUUGAAUUGGACGACCUACAAGCCGACCCCUCGAUGGUGUAUCUGAAGACCCUAAGAGCAAAUCGUGGGCAUGCCACUCAUCCCCGCAGCAUCGCGGAGCGAGUGCGACGGGGCAAAAUCAGUGAGCGAAUGAAGAAGCUGCAGGAGCUGGUACCCAACUCGGACAGGCAAACUAACACAGCCGACAUGCUCGAUGACGCUGUAGAGUAUGUGAAACAGCUGCAGCUGCAGGUGCAAGAGCUAACCAACACCGUAGCUGAAUUGCAGCUAUUGCAGGAAAGGUUGGGGCAUCCUACCUCUUAACAAAUCGUGUAAAAAUCUAGCUCAUUUGAUGCAGGAUCUCCCUGAAUUUUUUAACAAAUUUUCUUUCCUGUAUCAUAGUUACCUGAAACGCGUGUCAUGGAAAGAAUACCACCUUACAGAAGGGCCAUCUAAGAAAGCAGCUGUUUAACAGCUGGGCCGGCGUUUUUUUCGUCCUCACCUUAGAUACAGUAGCGUGUAGAAGGGUACUCUAUAGGGGGCUAGAAGAGGUGGUAGCGUUGUGUCUUUCGCUGCUACUGCUGCUGCUAUUGCUCACCAAUAGUGUGUCCGCUGUCCAUCACAAUCGCCUAGUGACCCACAUGACCUGACGUGGUAUUGGGUAUGACCUGGGUCUGGCUUAGUGUGGUGAGUUGCUGUUUCGGUGCAGUGACCAUGUUUCGUUCAUGGGGGGAUAAUGCUUGAUGAGAUUUUUUGCAAUAUCAUGCGCUUUGAUGGGGUCACGUUUUGAA